AUAAUAUUACCCGGUGGCUGGAGUUGAACUUUAAAUUUUGAUCAUAGUUCUCGUUCUGGUUAUACAUGGAGCAGUCAGCAGUAAUUUAUGCAGGUGUAUUUUAUUGUAACGGGACUACCUGGUACAUGUAUUGCAUGUGCCCCUCUUCUUGCUACCAAAGUCGGUGUGCUGUACUGAAUCUCGGGCUAGGCCUUACGACCGGUGGAACAUCAAAAUUCACCGUUUCUAUUAGGACUAGUGUCAUCCAUCCACCCUGGGGUCUCAAUGAGAGUGCAUCAAGCCGUCACCUAGAGUACUGUCAUCUCAAGGACUACAAGCAAGCUGCGUCAAGGUUGUUGUUAUUUUGAUUAGAUGUAAUUGCCGGUACAUUUUGAAUCAUGUAAUUGGAUGUUUUGUUUAUUUGGAAGUUGUUGGAGAAUUGAGUUGUCCCCAUCCCCACCCCCCAAAAAAAGAGUUACACAACUUUGGUUAAGAUGGCUUCUAAGGCAGAAGUUGAUUCAUUGCGAGACGAAAUUACAAACUUGACCAAACAGCUGAAGGAAAAGAGGCCCCGAGACUGUCAGCUCUCCAUCUUUUCUGUUGAUGCCAAUACAAAAGAAAGUUGAGUGCACAAUACUAUGUUUUUCAAUAUCGCAAUCAAAUUUUGACCUUUGUCAAGAUGUUUGUGUUGGCACAUAGGCAGUCCAGUAUUUGGUCAAUUUUCUUCUAUUUAUUAAUCCUAAUUGUCGUCAGUUAUCUUGCUGGGAAGUAUCUUGGCCUAAUCUUACCAUGUAUAUGGCAUGUUUAGGUUAGGGUUGAAAGAAGCCCUGUAAAAAGUUAAAGAACCUGUUAUAUAUAAUUAACAUCAAAAUAUAGUUCUUGUCUAUCCUGGGUUUUACUUUCCUUCUUGGUUUUAUUAUUUCCUAAUAGACUGUUAAAGAUUGUAUGUAAUAUUGUUGGUUUUGUUACACUUCUCCAAUCGUAUGUUGAUAGGUGAGCAGAAUGAAGGGAAUACUACUGUCAAUGUGGAAAUAGUUUUUACAAAACAUUCAAAGAAAGAGAGUUUAAUGGUUUAAAAAAACCUAAUAUUUCAAAACUGAGGAUUUCUCCUUACAUGAGAUACAAGUAAGACUACACAUGACCUGUAUGUAUUGAGUAGAAAUGUGGUAAGAGAGUAUAAAUCAUCUGAGCCUUCAUGUUUCCAGAAAUGAAGAGGAUUAUGGAUAAUUGUAGUUUGAUGGAUAAUUUGGUUUUAUGAGGGCAUACAACUUUUCUGUGUGGGGGAUGUGAUUUAGUUUGUUGGUUUGGAAUGAAUGGGCUGUUGUCACGUGAUUGCAUAGGCUGGGUACCCUGACAGUUUUAUUGUUUUGUAAUCGGGGUUACUUGUAUUCAGGUUGGGUGACUUGAAACGCUUUUAUUCAUCAUGAAUGAGGUACAGAUUCUCCUUAGCAUGUAUUGCAUUCUUGAAUUCUGGUCCGUUCACUGAAGCAUAGACUAUGGCAUANAAAGGUCCUGGUUGGGACUGAUCAGUGUCAUUCUUUCCUUAGCCUCUGCUCACUGCACCAGCUCAUUGUUUGGUCUGGUUUACACUGUGAUGUAGUCUGUUGGGUGUGGCAUGGGUAUGCAGUUGUAGAUUGCAUGGCCAUAGCAUCGGGAAUGACCAACGCUUGGUGGAUGUUUAGCCGAGGUACCCUGAGACACGAGAACCAGUCUACAUCCAGCGACACUGACACUGAAGUCAGUCUCCCAUCCAAGGACCUGGAUCUGGCCUUGAUUACUAAUGAAGAUCUGGGUAUCACGGAAGACCAUUUCUCACAUCCUGAGGGCUGCUUUGGGUUCUCUAGGCAAGAGGAGUUGGAGGUUGCCAUAGAGCUAUGCAAGGAGUCCGUCAAGGAGACGAGUGAACACUCCGAGCAACGACGAGAGCUGGUCAACAGGCUGGUCCAGCUACGCAUGAAGCUCUUAGAAAUCAAGGAGGGCAUGGAGAAGGACCCGGACAUCAAGCAGGUCCUUGGUCAUAAGUUUGUCAAAAGGAAAGGCAAAAGUUCCAAUCACCAAUGUGAUACAUGUAACUCCAUCAUCUGGGGGAUGCUUCAGAGUUGGCACAGGUGUUAUGAAUGUGGAUUUAGCUGUCACAGCAAAUGUCUCAACUUUGUCAAGCGGCAGUGUGCAAGCACUAAGGCUAGAUCAGUCCCCAGAAUUUCUAUGGAUAACCGUAAUACAGGUGCAAAUACACAGCAGAUAUCUAAACGGGGUUACAUCAUGGAUAUAUGCCCAGAGAUAGGCCUAGCUGCUCAGAAUUACCGAUGUGCAGAAUGCAGGACGCAACUAUCUUUCAAGGGUGAUACUGCAGAUCCAAGGCAAUGUGACUAUGAUGGCCAUUAUUACUGCAGUCUGUGUCAUUGGAACGACACAGAGGUCAUUCCAGCCAGGGUCAUCCACAACUGGGACUUUAACACCAGGAAGGUGUGUCGACAGUCCAAGCAAUUCCUGAAACUAAUGCAGCGUCGAGCCGUGCUGUGCGUUCAGGACCUGAAUCCAAUGUUAUUCAACUACGUCGAGGAACUCAGUCAAAUUAAGAAGUUACGUGAGGAGAUUCUGGUCAUGAAGAUGUACUUCCUGUCCUGUAGGAAAGCCAUGGAGGAUAAGCUCCUUCUUCAGCUACAGAACCGACCUCACUUUGUGGACAGUCCAGAGACCUACUCCUUACAAGAUCUCAUUGAUACAAAGGACAGUACUCUCUUAUCAACACUGUCUGGUAUCCAUGGCAACUACGCAGUCCACAUCAAGAUAGAAUGCCCACUGUGUCAAGCAAGGGGUUUUAUCUGUGAGCUCUGCAACUCUGAUGAAGUCCUGUACCCUUUUGACAUGAUCGCUGCUGUUUGUUCCCACUGCUCUGCAGUUUUCCACAGGGAUUGCUUCUUCAAGCAUUCGGGAGAAUGUCCCAAGUGUAAACGCUUAUCAAGACGUUCCUGUCAAGAGGGACGAUAAAACCAAGAUGAAAUGGAGAAUGUGAUUUAUAAAUAUCUAUUUGUCAAGUCAUAUAACCAGUAUCUAUUAAUCUAGACCAGCAGCGUUCAUAUGCCAACUGUCUCAAGCAGCAAAACUAUCUAGCAGAUAUACCGACCAAAAUUUAUCUAUCCAAG